CUAGAGAGAGGGAGAAAUAACGACAGACAUGUAAACAAGAGAGAGAAAUCAGAGAGAGGAAAAGGACGCGGGACAGUACAUAAAAAAUUAGAGGGAAGUUAGAGAGAGAAACGAAUGAAUCCGAGAAAGGGCGUGUAAACAGGAGAGAGAGGGAGAGAUGCAUAAAUAAAAGAGAAAUCCUGGUGUGUUUUUUGUUUUUCCCGAGCAAUCGACGCACGCAGACCGAUCGAAUAAAAUGGGGUGCUGUGAGUCUAGCAUCCUUGCCGGAAUCCGCCAACGGGAGAGUCGGCAGCAGGAGACCCUCCGGGUGGUCUCUAACAACCAUAAACACCACCACUACGACGAUGGCGGCGCAGCGCCGGAAUCAGGCGAGCAGCCUUCUGGGGAGCUCGGAGUCGUGGUGCCGGUCCUCGAGGAAUUCACCUUCGCGGAGCUCCGCUCCGCCACCAACAGCUUCUCUGCCGACUUCAUCGUCUCCGAGAGCGGGGAGAAGGGCGCCAACAUCGUAUACAAGGGCAAAUGCCAGGACAAACGUUGGAUCGCCAUCAAGAAAUUCAGCAAAGCGGCUUGGCCCGACCCCAACCAAUUCGCUGAAGAAGCUAGGGGAGUGGGGAAAUUGCGGCAUAAGCGGCUUGCAAAUUUGAUCGGGUAUUGCUGCGAGGGCGACGAGCGGCUGCUUGUUGCAGAAUUCAUGCCGAAUGACACGCUUGCGAAGCAUCUCUUCCAUUGUGCGUUCAUCAGGGAAAAGCAAACAAUUGAGUGGCCUAUGAGGAUAAGGGUGGCCUUUUACAUUGCUGAAGCUUUAGAAUAUUGCAACAGUGAGGGCCGUCCGCUUUAUCACGAUUUAAAUGCUUACAGAGUUCUUUUUGAUGAGGAUGGUGAUCCACGGUUGUCGUGCUUCGGCCUUAUGAAAAAUAGCCGUGAUGGAAAAAGUUAUAGCACAAAUCUUGCAUAUACUCCUCCUGAAUUCCUCAAAACUGGAAGAGUUACUAAAGAAAGUGUCAUAUAUAGUUUUGGUACUGUACUCCUGGAUCUUCUCAGUGGGAAACGUAUCCCCCCAAGUCAUGCUCUUGAUGUCAUAAGGGGUAAAAAUGGUUUGUUGUUUAUGGAUUCACACUUAGAAGGAAAAUUUUCACCAGAAGAAGGAAUGGAAGUUGUCAACCUUGCUUCACGUUGUCUCCAAUAUGAACCAAAAGAGAGGCCUAAUCCAUCAGAUCUUGUUGCAGCACUGGCACCCUUACAGUCUCGAACAGAUGUGCCUUCUUACGUCCUCUUGGGUGUAACGAAGCAGGAGGAACCGCCUGCUCCUCCACAACUUUCUCUUUCUCCACUAGGUGAAGCAUGUGCAAGGAUGGAUCUUACUGCGAUGCACCAAAUACUGGUGACUACACAUUAUAAGGAUGACCAGGGGACCAAUGAGCUUUCAUUUCAGGAGUGGACUCAGCAGAUGAGAGAUAUGCUUGAAGCCAGAAAACGUGGUGAUGUUGCAUUCCGUGAAAAAAAUUUCAAAACUGCUAUUGAAUGUUAUUCGCAGUUCAUAAACAUGGGAACAAUGAUAUCCCCAACCGUUCAUGCUAGACGCAGUCUGUCACAUUUGAUGUGUGAUCAACCGGGUGAGGCCCUUCGAGAUGCAAUGCAAGCGCAAUGUGUUCAUCCAGAAUGGCCCACAGCAUUUUACAUGCAGGCCGCAUCUCUUACAAAACUUGACAUGCUCAGCGACGCCAAUGAUAUGUUGAAAGAAGCUGCUGCACUUGAAGAAAAGAGGCAAAAAGGAAGAUAAUGUGAAUUAUGUCUUGUUGUUGUGGAAUUGUUGUUGUAUUGGAGUAUCGGUUGAGAGCCAAGACCCACUGCAUUUAUUUGCCUUUUCAUCGGAGGAAGGAAAAUAUGGAUUGGCUCCUAGAUUGGUCCACUCAGCUGCUUGGCAUGUAAAAUGGUAAUGGACGAUCGAGCCGUGUUGUCACAUUGUGUAAUAUAAUCAUUCACAUCAUUUUUUUUAACUGUCUUGUUGUAAUUUGUGUUUUAGUUUUCAGGUUUCCAGUAACAAAGUGAUUACCCAGUUA